UACGAUCUGGUUGUUCUAGAAUCGACACAAUCCGUGUGUUCCUAAACUUUUGCAUAUUGUUAUCAAAUCCAUCGGGUUUCAUUUCAGUCCAUCCUUUAGAAUAGCAGAUUGCUGAUAAGUCAAUCGGCUUGAUUACCUCCCCUCCAGCGGCUGACCAAUCUGACGAAUUUAGGAACACACGGAAUAUCAUGACUCAAUAUUAGUCAUGCUGACAUUCCUGGGUUACCAGUCGGCACUCGGCAGUCAGUCGAUCGGUUGAUCAUGCGCGGAAACCUUGUUGCUUCGAUGCUUAAUGUUUUUUUUGUAAGGAUAGAACGUAGUCAAUAUCUAUACUAAAAUUGCAUGGUUAAAUUUGUAAUAUUAUUCAUUUUAUGUUUUUUAUGUUAAGUAACCUAAAUAUAUAAACCGCUCCCAAGUCGACCAACAGUAUAAUUCUUUUCUAUAAUUCAUUACACAUCUAUUCGUUGGAAGGUAAAGUACUGUUUCGAGAGUUCGACCAGAGUUCUUCAGUUUUCUUUCAACGUAAUUAUGUUUCUCUGUAAUAUAUGUAAAACACCCUUUACAUUAAUUAAAAAUCUACACAGACAUUGCAAGAAUAAACAUGGUUCAAAUAUGCUAAUUCAACAACAAUCAACAACAACCAAUGUUCCAGCUGCUUCAAUUCGCAAUGGUCUUAAGCGUGCACAUCACGGGGAAAAUUCAAACGAAGCAGUAAAUGCUAAAAAAACACUCAUGAAUACCCAUGGUUUUGUUAAGACAGGCACAUCGCUCUCAAAUAAAAUCAAUUGGUAUUACAUGGAAAAUACAGACAAUUUAACCAACUACAGUAGUUUUCUAGAAACAUCCAAAAAAGACUUAUUACAAUUACUACACUCGCUAUCGGAAAAACACCCAAUCAAAUAUAAUUUAAAACUGGAAGCAACCUAUGAGCGUCCGAACGUAGAAAAUUCGUCGGAAAAUCGUGCGUUUAAAACUUCAGCCAGAGAAAUUUUUAUGGCUACAGAUAUCGAGGCUAAGAUUGAUAUCGAUUUUGCCAAACUUAUAUCUGAAGAAGACGUUUACACUUCUAAAGGAAGCGGAUUUAGUUUAGAGUCUAUAGAUGGCAUAUUAUUAUGCGUAUAUAAUUAUACACCUCUGGGUGGCUCAUCAUAUAUUCCGAUACCAAAAGACAUCAAAAAUAAAAAAGCAAUUAUCAACCCCCAAAACUCAGACCAACAGUGCUUCAAGUGGGCAAUUCUGGCAAGACACGUUUCGGGUAAUGCCAAAAAUCAAGUGGCUAAAAAUUAUACUUUACUAGAAGAAAAAUUUAAUUUUACUGAUUUAACAUUCCCAACACCCAUCACAGAAAUAAAGAUAUUUGAAAAAAAUAACCUGAACACGUCUGUCAAUGUAUACGGAAUUAAACAAGAAAAUAAUAAAAAACAUAUUAUUUUCCCACUUAAAGUUGUGGAUGAAGUAAAAAAAGAUCAUUUCGAUCUUUUGCUAAUUACCGACGGAGGUAAAAGCCACUACACAUUCAUCUCAAAUUUUUCACGUCUUGUUAGAGCACAAAAAACAUCACAUGAGGCUAAAGUAAUUUUUUGUAAACGAUGUUUUACCAGUUUUGAUAGUCGAGCCAGGAAAAAUAUACUAAGCGGACAAGCAGCAUUAGAUCAACACACCCGGGUAUGUGGAACACACAAACCAAUUUUACCUCAGAUGCCUGAUGCAGGUACAAUGCUAGAGUUCGAUGGGUGGAGUAAGACUCAACGCCAUCCGAUAGUCAUCUAUGCAGACUUUGAGGCGCUUCUUGUUAAAUGUAAAGAAAGCAGAGGAAAGAAUACAUCAGCUUUUCAAAAGCACGAGGCAAUGAGCUAUGGAAUUUUCGUAAAGGCUUCAGAAAGCGUUCCCAUAGAUUUAUUAGAAAAGUUUAAUUUACCACAAAAACCUAUUAUUUUCCGUGGUAAUGAAUCACGUCAAGACGUAGCCAAAAGAUUCGUGAAUGAACUGACUGAGAUUGCAAUAAAAGUUGAAAAUUUGAUUAAGACAAAUAAACCUUUAAUAAUGACUGAAGAAGAACAAAGAACACACGUAAUGAAAAUUACUUGCAAUUUAUGUGAGUGUAUUUUUUCCGAUAAAAACCCAAAAGUGGCAGAUCACUGUCAUCUAUCUGGCAAAUUCAGGCAAACUUUAUGUAAUACUUGCAACCUGAAACUUCAAAAACCUAACUUUGUACCGUGCUUUCUACACAAUUUGUCUAAUUACGAUGCACAUUUCAUCGUGACUGAACUCGGAAAUAACACUAACUCAAUCUCAGUGAUUCCGAACAGCAAGGAAAAAUACAUUUCAUUUUCAAAACACGUUACCAACAACUUUUCAAUUCGAUUCAUAGACUCUUGUCGAUUCAUGGCAUCAAAGUUAUCAACACUCGCAGAAAAUUUACUAACACCAGGGUUCGAGAAGUUCAGAGAAACCGCAAAAGAAUUCGUACCCAGAGAUAUGGAUCUCGUCACACGUAAGGGUGUGUACCCUUACGAGUUUACCGAUAGUUGGGAAAAAUUAGAAGAAACAAUUUUACCAAGGAAAGAAGAUUUUUAUAGCACAUUAACAGAAGAACAUAUAGACGAUACGGAAUACGAACAUGCAGUCACAGUAUGGAACCAUUUCAAAUGCAAAACCCUGGGAGAAUAUAGCGAUUUAUAUCUAAAAAUUGACGUGCUACUGUUAGCGGACGUAUUUGAAAAUUUCAGAGACAUGUGCAUUUCUACUUACAAUUUAGACCCUGUUUUCUACUAUACAGCUCCAGGUUUUAGUUUUGACUGUAUGUUAAAAUAUACCAAAGUCAAACUAGAAUUGCUCUCUGAUUAUGACACCCACUUAUUUUUCGAAAAUUCAAUCCGCGGUGGCCUCACACAAGCAAGUAUGAGAUACGCGAAAGCUAAUAAUGAAAAAACCCAAGAUUAUGACCCAACAAAGUCAAAAUCAUGGAUAGUUUACCAAGAUUGUAACAAUUUGUAUGGGUGGGCAAUGUCACAACACAUGCCAUACGGAGACUUUAAAUGGGUUGAGCCUACGUUAGACGGAUUAGAUGCUUUAACGCCGACUUCAGAUAAAGGCAGAGUGUAUGAGGUGGACAUAUCAUACCCUAAUGAACUACAUGACUUGCAUAACGAUCUUCCAUUUUUACCAGAGAACAAAAUUCCCCCUGGUUCAAAAGUGAAAAAACUUAUGGCAACACUUCAUUCAAAAAAAAAUUACGUACUCCACUAUCGCAACCUGCAGCAAGCCAUAGCAAAUGGAUUAAUUGUAGAAAAAGUACACAGAGUUUUUGAGUUUCGACAAUCGGAUUGGCUUAAAAAAUACAUACAAUUGAACACCGAGAUGAGAAAAAAAGCUGUUAACGAGUUUGAGAAAGAUUUCUUCAAACUCUUAAACAAUGCCGUUUUUGGUAAGACCAUGGAAUCAUUACGGAAACGUUUUAAGAUGGAGCUAGUUUCGUGUCCAAAAAGACUACAAAAGCUAAUCAACAAAUAUAACUUUAAAAAUUGCAUUAAGUACAACGACAAUCUAACUGCUGUUUUGAUGGAAAAUAAAAUUAUCAAGUUUUCCAAGCCAAUAUAUAUAGGUUUUGCAGUACUAGAUGUAAGUAAGUGGUUGAUGUACGAGUAUCAUUAUGGUACUAUGAAGAGUCAUUUCAGAGACAAAAUCAACCUCAUGUAUACAGAUACAGAUUCACUGGUAUAUCAUAUUGAGACUGACGAUUUUUACAAAGAUUUGAAGAGCAAUUCAAACUUACUUAAGUGUAUGGAUACUUCAGACCUGCCUAGAGAUCACCCUUGCUAUAUAGGUGAACGAAAAAAGAUUCCAGGGCUGUUUUCCGACGAGGCAAAGGGACAGACAAUUACUAAGUUCAUCGCGCUUCGCGCAAAAUCGUACGCUUACAUUUUGAACGAUAAGGAGAAUAUUAAGGCAAAGGGCGUCCGAGGGCAUGUAGCUAAAAAGCACAUGACUUUCAACGAUCAUUACGAUUGCCUUUUCGCCGAUGACGAAAAAGAUAACACUGAACAGUAUACUAGGGAAAAUGUUUCCAUCAGAUCAUUCAAACACGAGAUACGAACAAUCAAAUCCAAAAAAUUAUGCUUCAACCGACAAGAUGAUAAGCGGAUAGAACAGACCGAUAGAAUACAUACCUACGCGCAUGGACAUAAAAAUAUAAAUUAAAAAAAUUAAAAAAUACAUAAAAUCGAUUGUUAAUUGUAUCUUUAAAAAACUAUUUACAUAAAUAUAUAUAUGUAUAUAUAUACCUAUAUUUGUUAAUAAUAUUUAAUUUCAUAAAUGUUUAGGUUAAUUUUUUUUAUUUUGUGAAAUAUCUCUGUAGAUAUUAACUAGUUUAUUGUAUUGAUGAAAAUAUCUUUAUAGA